CCCCAAUGAGAAACUUAACUCUAUGCCGCGCCGGUCCCAGUCCGACAUGGGUCGAGCGAUAUAAAUAGUGUCUUGGUGCAAGAUGAGCACCGACACCCGAUAGACUUGCCUUUGUUUCCCUAACAGUGCACGAACAUAGCCAGAAGGAUGCUGCAGCAAGCCCUCAAAGUGUCUGGUCGCAGUGCGUCCCCGCUUAUCAAGUGGAUGGAGAAUUGGGCUGAGAGCGCAGCUGGCCUGAAGACUACAGAGGCGGCGCACCGGGUGAAAACCCUGGAGGAAAUGCCGGGACCCACCGUCGCCAAAUUUGCCUGGGACCUCUUCGCCAAACGGGGACUGUCCCGCCUCCACGAGCUGCAGCUGGAGGGUGUGAAGUGCUAUGGGCCGAUGUGGAAGGCCAGCUUCGGUCCCAUUCUGACGGUGCACGUGGCAGAGCCAGACCUGAUAGAGCAAGUGCUGAGGCAGGAGGGCCAGACCCCGAUCCGCUCUGACCUCUCCUCCUGGAAGGACUACAGGAAACAACGAGGUCAUGGCUACGGACUGCUCACAGCUGAGGGGGAGGAGUGGCAGGCGGUGCGGAGUCUCCUGGGGAAGCACAUGCUACGUCCGAAGGCGGUGGAGGCCUACGACGCCACUCUAAACGGUGUGGUUGAUGACCUCAUUGCUAAGCUCCGCCUCCGCAGGCGCCAGGACCCCUGCGGCCUCGUCCCGAACAUCGGCAGUGAGUUCUACCGCUUCGGCCUCGAAGGGAUCUCCUCAGUCUUGUUCGAGUCCAGGAUUGGUUGCCUAGACCCUGUGGUUCCCACGGAGACAGAGUGUUUCAUCCAGUCCAUUAACACCAUGUUUGUCAUGACGCUCCUCACCAUGGCUAUGCCUGCCUGGUUACACCAGCUGUUCCCCAAGCCCUGGGACACUUUCUGCCAGUGCUGGGACUACAUGUUCCAAUUCGCUCAAGGUCACAUUGACCAGCGUCUGAAGGAGGAAGCGGAGAAGGUGGCGCGGGGAGAGGACGUGGAGGGGCGAUAUCUGACCUACUUCCUGACCCGCACGGGGCUGCCCAUGAAGACGGUGUACAGCAACAUCACUGAGCUGCUCCUGGCUGGGGUGGACACGAUCUCCAGCACCAUGUCCUGGUCCCUGUACGAGCUGUCUCGGCACCCUGAGGUGCAGGCCUCGCUGAGGGAGGAGAUACUGGCCGUGAUGGGGGGUCGGAGGGUGCCUGGGGCUGCAGACGUGGCUCGCAUGCCCCUCAUGAAGGCUGUGGUGAAGGAGGUGCUCAGACUUUAUCCUGUUAUUCCGGCCAAUGCCAGGGUCAUCGCUGACAAAGACAUCCAGGUCGGAGGCUACCUCCUCCCCAAAAACACUCUGAUCACCCUCUGUCACUUCGCCACAUCCCGGAAUGCAGCAUUUUUCCCGAACCCGGAUGCCUUCCAGCCCCAUCGCUGGCUGAACCGGAACGAAGGCCACCACCCUUACGCCUCAGUGCCCUUCGGCGUGGGAAAACGCAGCUGCAUCGGCCGCCGCAUCGCAGAGCUGGAGGUCUACCUGGCACUGGCACGAAUUCUGAUGCAGUUUGAUGUGAAGCCCGAUCCGGAAGGCAGUGGUGCAGCAGUCAAACCCAUGACCCGGACACUGCUGGUGCCAGAGAGCGAGAUCAACCUGCAGUUUAUCGAGAGAUGAGCCGAUGACCUGCUGAAAACUAGCUAUGUGUAUUUGACAGUGACUGACAAUCCCAGUCUCUCAGAGUGCAACAGAUGGGAGCACUGGGGAAGAAAGAGGGCCCAACUGAAGCUGAAACCCUGCAGGCCUCAACCCACAGACCAGGCCCUCAGCCCCUCAGAACUCAAGCCCAGUUGGUUUGGGCUGGCCUGGGUCUGAGUUGAUACAGCAGCUGGAUGAGGGGCUGAUAGAGGUCUCAGAUCAAUGCCAUUGUUAUUUGAAAACCUUCCUUUCUGUCUAUGGGCAGUAGUAGGUGCAUUUCCAGUUAACUAAAAUUCACUUCCCACACUUUUUGCACAAGGAGGCUAGGAGAGGGUGAAGGGAGGGUAGUGCAAUAUUUCAAGUGCAUUAUGGCCUGGCUUGAAACCUUCCCAUGCAGAGCGAAAUGCAUAAAACUUGAAACUUUUGACUGAAACUUGAAAUGUACAUCAGGGCAAGUGAUUUUCCGUCUCAAUAUCAGGUUGAUUCCCCUUGCACCACUUAAACUUCCUGCUUUAUUAAUUAAUGCUCAUGAAUGCAAUAGCACUUAUACUUACUUGUGGUUUAGAUUGUAGCCAAUGGUAUUCCCAGUAGCCAAUGAUAUUACCAGUGGAAUCUCUGAUAACUACAUUAUGUUCCUCUCAUCUAACCAGACUGAUUAAACUCAGUUGCAAGUAUGCAUCCUGAUCAUAGCAUGUAAUGUUCAGUACACCAAAACCACAAUCACCCCUUUAGGCAGUCUUCAAUAUUCAUUUAUUAUAGCCCUAUGUAUAAUACUAGAAAACGCACCAUAUGUUUACAGCUGUGUUGGUAAUGCAUUGUUCUGUUCAUAACCAGAACAGUUGUAACUCCUUCCUUAGCUUAGACAAACAGAAAGCAACUUAUCCCUCUGUAAUUUAAAUCAUAGAUUGGCAGAUGCCAAGCCAAACCAAACUUCAGUUGCAUUUAUUAAUGUUUACGCAUUGCUGAUGAAGAUGCUAUAAAAUGCUUAUAAAUAUGUCAUGUACUGCCUUUAGAAGAGUGUUAUUGAAUUAUUAUUAUUAUUUUGGACAAAACUGUGAUGUUCCUAUCAGAAUGGUGCUUAUAUGGUGCUCAUUAGAAUCUUAAAUGAAAAAUGGCAGCUGGUGGGACUAACAUAGUGCUCCAUAUCCUCCCACCUGGGUUUCUCUGUUUACAAACACUUUUGUCUUUUUAAAAGUCUUCUGAUCUUGUAUGAUGUCCUACUCAGUUGUACAAAACGAUGUAUCCUCUGUGAGUUGUCUGUAUCUCUUACAUCUAAAAAAGAAUUUGUGUGUUAGCAUUUUUCUACAUCUAGAACCUGACGUGACUUGUAUGACGUGGUGCUUCAAAAUACUUAUUUCUCUGUUGGGAUAAGACAUUGUAAAAAGGUUAUAAAAAAUAAUUUUGUAAUUGUUCUCUAUUAAAAUAAUGUCAUACAUGUA